AUGGCUGCGGCCAGAGCAGCUGCUGUACUCGUGGUGGCCAUGGCGGCGGCGGUGCUUGCGACCACGGCGAUGGGCGCCACCACCUACACGGUGGGAGCUCCGGCGGGGUCGUGGGACAUGCGCACCAACUACGCGCAGUGGGCGUCGUCCGUCACCUUCCGCGCCGGGGACCAGCUCGUGUUCAGGUACUCACCGUCGGCGCACGACGUGGUGGAAGUGACCAAGGCCGGCUAUGACGCCUGCUCCGCCUCCAGCCCGGUCGCCACCUUCAACUCCGGCGACGACACCGUGGCCCUCGCCGCCGCCGGCACCCGCUACUUCAUCUGCGGGUUUCCCGGCCAUUGCGCCGGCGGGAUGAAGCUCGCCGUCAAGGUCGAGGCCGCCGCCACCGGAGGCAGCACCGCGCCGUCGCCGAUGGCUCCUCGUGCAGGCACGCCGGCUGCAAUGCCACCUGCAGGCGCGAUGCCACCGGCGGCCGGUGGCCGGCCGGUGCCUCCGUCGAGCUCGGCUAGCAAGUCUGCUGGUGCCGUGGAAUCUCUCGUUGGUCUCGGCGUUGGCGCCAUUGCCGCUGGUCUCAUGAUCUUCUACUAGAGCCAUCGCAAGGAUGCAUGAGUUAUUGAUUUGUUCCCUCUAUUUUUAUUUCAUUUAUUGAUGCUUAUAUUCUUUUUCUGCGAUGAAUUUCGUGGAGCUUGUUAUACUAGCUUAUGAAAUUAAUUGUUGAAUGUAAUUUAAUUCACUGUAUUUUAAUUGUUGGAUUCUAUU